CGGGCGGCCGGGCUCUGGCCCGCGCCCCGCCGGCGCGAUGCUCUUCUCACUGCGGGAGUUGGUUCAGUGGCUGGGCUUUGCCACCUUCGAAAUCUUCGUGCACCUGCUGGCCCUGUUGGUGUUUUCCGUGCUUCUGGCACUGCGAGUGGAUGGCCUCGCCCCGGGCCUCUCCUGGUGGAACGUGUUCGUGCCCUUCUUCGCUGCUGACGGCCUCAGCACCUACUUUACCACUAUCGUGUCUGUGCGCCUCUUCCAAGACGGGGAGAAGCGGCUGGCAGUGCUGCGCCUCUUCUGGAUUCUCACAGUCCUUAGCCUCAAGUUCGUCUUUGAGAUGCUGCUGUGCCAGAAGCUGGUGGAGCAGACAAGAGAGCUCUGGUUCGGCCUGAUCGCAUCUCCAGUCUUCAUUCUGCUGCAGCUGCUCAUGAUCCGCGCCUGUCGUGUCAACUAAUCUCUCAGGGAUUGGAGAAGGAGAGUUGCACAACUGAACUGCUUGACUCCUGCUGAGGCCCUAAUUGCAUCACGCUGGAGAAGAGACACUGGUUUGAAGGCAGCGUCCGCUUGUGCCCGGCUGAGUGUCCAGUUUUCUCUAUGCCAGUCUAACAUUGUUUCUUCAGCAGGAUUAAAAAAGAGCAGCUUCCAUCCUUGAAAUGCAUUUCCUGUUAUUCAUGCUUUGAGUAGCUAAUCCUGAAUUGUGAUCCUAAGAAGGGACCCAGCCCAGCCGGUCCUGAACUACUCUAACAGUAGGAAACUGCACAUAAUUAAAAUGUCCUGGUGGACUCUGAAUACUCAGCAUGGAUCCUGGGGAUGUACUUCUUUAUGAAGGCGGCAAAACUGGAUUAGGAUUUUGUCCAGCCAGUAGCACUGAGGGAAGAGCUCAAAGCUCCGCCCCACCUCUCCCUGCAUGAUUAUGACCCUAUCUGGAUAUCUGCCACCUGAGAAAAGCACUCUACUAGCAAGUCAUAGCUUGGCUUCCUGUUCCAGCAGAUUGCAAUUUCAGGACUUUCCCACCACCUUGUGGCCAGCACCAUUAGUGCAUCUGGGACAGAUUUAGGCCUUUCUAAGGGACCAAAGACAGAAACAGGUGCUCUGAUGCUCAUGGCACAGAGACUUACUUAUGGAACCUUGUGAGCAGCCCAGAUUGUUGGCCUUGAGGUCUUUGGUUUGAUGCCAGUUAGGUGCCAAAUGAGAACAUUUGCUGAGAUGAAAAUAAAAUAAGAGAAUGUUUUCCUGAUA